GUUCAUAGUUUUGUUCGCGUGUGUUAACAGUCAUGAAGGUUCUAGUUUGCAUCGUCCUUGCUGUCGCCUGCGUCUCAGCUGGCACAGUAGGUCCACUCGCUGAAGACUUUGCUGAUUUUCAGAAAUUGGUUCCAACUGAUGAAAUCGUUUUGAUUGCCGGUGAACAUUUGCUGUUCGAUAGUAAAUUCCGUAAAGCAAAGGACUACUUGGAAGGCUCAGCAUUCAAAAAAUUCUGGUCCGAGGCUAUUAAAAGUCCUCAAUUUUACGCCAUCUUGGAAUAUUUGGGUGCUUCUGGAAUCGAUGCGGUUGCAGGCCUCGAUGCAAUGGCCAAGAAAUUAAAGUUGGCUGAUUACGAUGGUCCAGUGCCAACAGUUACGGAACGCUCCUUCAGCAGCUUCUUGAAUGAUGUUGCCAAUGCUUUCCCAAAAUCCAAAAUCCAGGCACUCAUUAAGUCAAAGAUUGCUUCUAGUCCCGCAUUCGCUUAUUUUUACGGAAGGAUUACUUCACCUGCUUUCAAUGUGCUGAUACAAAACUUCUUGAACGCUCCUGAACUGGCUGCUGGCUGGAAUGCUAUGAAGGCUGCAGGUGUCAACCCAGAACAAAUCAUCUCUCUUGUCAAGAGUGUGACUGGAUCUGCUUAAGCCAUUUAAAGAUUGUUGAAUAAAGUUAUGGACUGAAUAUGA